UCAUUGUAAUCUGUCGUUGAAGAAUUAUAAACAAUCUAUAGACAUCUAACUAUUUUGUAAUUUUAUCUGUAAUUUAGCAGUUUGUUUAUUAAUUGUUUUUUCGUAACAAUGAAUUACAGAUAUUCAAUUUUAUGCUUUCAAACUUUCUACGUAAACAAAUUUGUUAACACAUGUCGUUUAAAAAUCUUAUAUAAAGUGCAAUUUGUUAAAACGUUUCGUAUUGGUCCUAGAAACCAUUUCAGCUCUAAUUUAUCGUACGAUCUCAACUAUAGAAGACUAAAUAUGCAUUCUGUAAAACUAUCAUCUGGUCAUGAUAUGCCUGGUGUAGGUUUAGGGACAUGGCAGGCUAAACCUGAAGAAAUUGAAGCUGCUGUUGCGACUGCUUUGGAGUGUGGUUACCGACAUAUUGAUACUGCAUUUAAUUAUAAUAACGAAGAAGCGAUUGGAAAAAGCUUAAAAAAUUGGUUUGACAAAGGUGGUAAACGUGAAGAACUUUUUGUUACGUCAAAGUUACCUCAUUAUGGAAAUCGACCAUCAGAUGUUGAAAAGUUUCUUAAAUUAUCAUUAGAACGUCUUGGUUUGGAUUAUUUGGAUAUGUAUUUGAUCCACAUGCCAUUUGCCUUUGUAUUAGAUAAAAAUGCAUAUGCUCCUGCAGCUUUAGAUGAUGGUAGUUAUAUACUUGACCUAAACACGGAUCCAGUUUCUGUAUGGAAGGAAAUGGAGAAACAAGUAGCAAAAGGACGUGUUAAAUCUAUAGGUUUAAGUAAUUUUAAUGAAGCACAAAUAUUAGAAGUAUAUAAAAAUGCACAAAUAAAACCAGCCAACUUGCAGGUUGAAUUGCAUGCAUACCUACAACAGAAACCGAUAAGAGAAUUUUGUCAAAAGCACAAUAUUAUAGUAACAGCUUAUAGCCCAUUAGCGUCACCUGGAGCUAAAUUCCAUUUUCAAACAAAAUAUAAUUAUAGUUCAGAAAAAUUCCCCGAUCUUCUUGGACAUCCUAUUGUACUUGAAAUGGCUAAUAAAUAUAAAAAAACAACAGCACAAGUGUUAUUACGACAUUUGGUACAACAAGGAAUUAUAGUUAUUCCAAAAAGUUCUUCACAAGAUAGAAUCAAAUCAAAUAUCAAUAUUUUUGAUUUCGUUUUAUCAGAAGAAGAUAUGAAUACUUUAAAUGCUUUAGACAAAGGUACAGAUGGCCGAAUAUUCAAUUUUCUUUUUUUUAAGGGGGUUGAAAAGCACCCACUUUAUCCAUUUAAAAAUGAAUUGACACCAUGAGCAAGAGAUUUGCUCUUGUUACAUAAUUUAAAAAUACAGAAUUAUAUAUAAAAAAUAAAGCAGUAUAUUGUAUGGAGAACUGAACAAAAUGCACAAAAAUAAUUAUACAAUGAAAGCUUUUCUUAUAUUUUAAUAUAACCUGUACAACAUUUUUCGUUGCAUCCGAUGUUGAAGCUCUCCACGACGAAUCAUUGUGUGUAUAACUUUGUAAAUAGCACGUUCUGGAUAUUUUUGUUUAAGAAAGUCAUUAACAAUGUUUUGUUCUGAGACUUGAUUUCCAAUAGGGAAUCUAUUUUUUAAUUGUUUUUCUAUGCGAGACAAUAUCUCAUGAUCUUCUUCUGAAGUGAAUCCUUCUGCACCUGUAAAAUAUGAUGUAUUAAUAUUAAGGACUCGUAUGUUAUAAAAAUAAUUUUCUUGUUUUUAAUUAGUAAUUACUAGAUAUUUGUUACACACACACACACACACACACACACACACACACACACACACACACACACACACACACACACACACACACACACACACACACACACACACACAUCUUACCAGCUAAUGAACCAGACAUAGCAGCAUCUAAUGUAGAAACUUGAAAUAGUCUGAGAGCUUCAUUAACAUGAAUUUCAGUAGCGAAAGAUUGAAGUUGCAUUUUUGCCAAAGCUUCAGAAAUUCUUAUAACAGCUUCUAAUUGACGGACAGUGAUGGGUAUGGAUAAUCGUUUUUCACUUCCUUUUUCAUGCUCUCUCGUACUAGCACGCAUUCUUACAUAAUGAUUCUUCAGUUUUUCACCUGCUUCUUUAUUAAGUCUUGGACCAGAUUUUCUAUAGAAAUUGCAUAAUUACGUUGAUCACAUAACGUGGAUUAUGAUGUUUAUAGAAUACAAAAAGUAAUAAGAAAAUUAAUCUUACAAUCUACAAUAAUGUAUAUAUCUUUUGAGUAUAUGUAAUGGAAGUUCUCCUUCUAUCAGUUGCUCAGUUAAUUGACCAGCAUUACUAUGUAUAUUUAAAACGUGCUUUGCUAAUGUAAUAUCUCUGUUUUCUUCAUGUUCAUCUUUAACAAUGAAUAUCAUAUCAAAACGAGAAAGAAUAGUUGGCAUAAAAUCUAUAUUUUCUUCGCCUUUUAUAUCAUCCCAUCGUCCAAAAAUAGAAUUUGCAGCUGCUAGUACAGAACAUCUUGUAUUUAAAGUUGUUGUUAUGCCUGCUUUUGCAAUUGAUAUGGUUUGCUGUUCCAUAGCUUCAUGAAUCGCAACUCGAUCAUCUUCUUUCAUUUUGUCAAAUUCAUCUAUGCAAACAACCCCACCGUCUGCUAAUACCAUUGCACCACCUUCCAUUACAAAGUUUCUCUACAAAUGAACAAAGUAUUUAUAAAAGAAGACAAAAGAAAUGUAUUAGUAGUAUAUUAUUAUUACUUACCGUAACAGAAUCUCUAGAUACAGACGCCGUAAGACCUGCAGCUGAGCUUCCUUUGCCGGAUGUAUACACACCAAUUGGUGCAACUGUCUCUACAAAUUUUAAUAAUUGUGAUUUAGCAGUACCUGGAUCACCUAACAUUAAAACAUUAAUGUCUCCUCUCCGACAUAAACCAUCGGGCAUUCUUUUUCUAGAACCACCAAAUAAUAAACAUGCAAUUGCUUUCUUAAUGUCCAUUGCACCAAAAAUACUGGGUGCAAUACUCUUUGCAAUUCUUUCAUAUAAAUUUGAAUCAGCUGCUAAAUGUCUGAAUAAAUCUUCUUCCUCUGAUGUAAUGCAUGUUUGUACACCUAAAAGCCAUGAAUUAAUAUUAUUUUGUAAGAAAAGUGUUUUAAAUCAUGUAAAUUAAGAUUUUUAUAGUAAUAACAGAUUUUACCACUUCCUGUGUUUUCUCCAUCAACAAAAAUACCCACAACUCUUAUAUAAGGUGCUCGCACACCAACUAAAGCUUUAUCUUUUCUGUUUCCUCUAUCGCCUGUUUUGGAAACUUUUUUAAUGGAAUAUAUACCAAGAAUAAGAACUCUAUUUCCAGGUACAACUCUAUCACAUAAGUAACGAUCACAAUAUAAUUGCAGAUGUCUUGGCAUUUCACCCUGUGGAAUAUGUUCUGGUAGUUCUUGUAAUUUUAAAACUUGGAAAUCAACACAUUUACAUUUAUCUGGCAUUAUAAAAAAUGGAUCCAACGGACAUUUUGGUCUACCAGCCUGUUCUCUAAAAAAUAAUGUUUAUGUUAUUUGAGGUUAUUUUCUAUUGAAAUAAAAAUAGGAGAGAUAAUAUUUUGUGUUGUAGAAUA